CAAACGUUCAAGAAGGGCAAUUUGCCUCCAGAUGCAAGCAUGGAUAUCGUUGAUAGUCUACGGUCAAAUGCUGCAUCUCUUUACACGGAGGGAAAGUUCAAGGAUGCGUAUAAUACCUACCUACGGGCUGCCAACGCAGCGCUAGUGACUUUAGCAAACGGAGUGACAUGGGCUGGCGAAGAUGUGACAGCCAAACCGGACACUACCUCAGAUCUCUUUCGACUCACACAGCAAUGUCUGACAAGAGCAGAAGAGAUUGUUAAAUCAAGACAUCUGUUUACUGUUAGGUCCUCUACUGCACCGCCCCUUUCCUCGGCCUCAGUAGCCCAGAGCGCACAUUCACCUCAAUCAAUACCCUUUCCGGAGCGUGUCCCGCUGAUUCCCAUAUCUCCUCUCACGAACCAGCACGCACUACAUGCCUAUCAACUAUCAGUCGCAGAGCGUCGAUACGCAGCAGCGACAUCCGCAGAAGAUCAGCCAGCAUUGUCGACAAUGCGUCGAUUAGUCGAGGACGUUCGGAUUCAACGAGCCAAAGUUCAAGAACUGCAGAAAUUGGCCGAUUCUGUUGCUACGCCGCCAAUGAUAAGCUGGAAAGCAGAAGCCGUUGCUCUUCAAAUAGCUAUCAUUGAUGUGAGCCUCUUUUCCAAAAUCCGAGUUCGGGAUGAUCUUUGGCAUCGUGAAUCUGAAAUUGGCUUGAACGGACGAGCGUGUGUGGAUUUUAACAAGUAUCUGGAACGUAUAGCGAUUGACGCCAUACUUUCUUCGAAACCCACUGGCGCUACACAUGAUGGGCCCACUGCAAGAGCCGACACAAUUGCGUUUCUUGUUUCAGUUGCCCAUACUCUCUUUUACCACUAUCGGGACAUUAAUGGCAUGUGUGCCAUCUUGCAAGCUCUGGAGUCACCUGAGAUACGCCGCUUGCGACGCACGUGGGAUGCUAUACAUGCUAAAACGAAAGAAGCACUUCGUAAUUUGCAAUCAGCAAUUGGAGCCGGCACUGGCAACGAUCACCUUGAUCUCGUAGCCCAAGUCCUGGAACAUCAUUACUGUGGUGGUGGCGUCUUAGUUGCCAUUCCAUAUCUUGAACCGUUUAUUCAUGACAUGCAAGACCUGCGUAACGCUUACUCCGCUGGAGUGAGUGGUAGCACGGGAGAAGCCAUGAUGUCUGAUAUUGGAGCGAGAGCAUUGGAAGAGAUUUUUAGUAUCAUUGAGCUCUGCCAAGGUGUCGGAAGACCAGAUCCAGGACUGGGAAAAGUGGGGCGCGCUGCAGCCGGAGCUGCUUCCCGAUCACGAGAAAACAAGGCUGGCAACGGGCUGCCGGAGGACUUGAGUUCACUGGGAACGGGGAAUCAGGGACUGGCACAUUGGUUGCUCACGAGAGUUUAUUGGAGUCGAGUCGAAUUAUGGGGUAAAAGCGGCGAUAACGAGAGAUUUCGUAGAGAUGAACAGAUACCAGAUGCCUAUAAAGAGGUCAUUGCAGCUGAGGACACAUGGAGAAACGAUGCUCAGGUAAAUUCUGCCGCGAGUGCCACUCCGUCCCGUGAGCCAUUUUCGAAAUCUACAGUGUCGGUACCUGAAGGAAACCAACGAACUGAGACUGCUGUGAGCGAUCCCGGAGGAAGUUCAAACCAGGAGUUUGGAGAAGCCAAGCAAAACAGCGACUACAUGGAUCAAUUUUUGGGCGAUGUGGACACGCCACCUGCUGAUGUCCAACAGAACGAGCAAAGCAAUAUACUUGCUCUUUUGGAUGAGCUUCCGUCAGUGCCGCAUUUGCUGGAUUUUGAACGAGCAUCGGAGGAAGCUGGGGAGGACAAUGCACAUACACAGGAAGAGGAUGAUGGUCAAUUCCAAAGAGACGCAAGUAAUUCAAAUGUUGGAGCUCCCGAUAACGCCCUUGACGAGGCGGCCCCUGGCGAUGCUGCACCGCCGACAGGGUCUGAUAGUCUUUUAUCACCGGAUAGCUCUAAUCAAGUUGGCGACGCUGGAACCGGAACCGACGACUCGCCUGUACUGGCUAAGCAGGGCGAGGGAUUCGACUACAUGGACCGUUAUCUUGGACCGCUUGAUGAACCAUACCCUGGAAGUAAUAUGGAACUGCCCGAGGUGGAAAGUCAAACGGCAGUUGAGGAUCAGAAUACUUCAACAGAAGCGCUUGCGCCGACUUCGUCACCGCAGCCCGGCGACGCACAAUCAACAACACCAUCUCGGCCACCGGAAGCAUCACCGGUCAUAGAACCAUCGCAGUCGAUUGCUGCAAUUAGCAUGGAACAGGAUCCCGACUACGAUGGGUACGGUCUUUCCGACCUGGAAGUUGAUGCUGGAGACUACCUCGACGAGGUCAUUGCGAACACUCCUCCACUGUACGAGAAACACGGGAUUCCCAGCGAAGGAAGCGAGCAGGAGAAACUGGAAAGUACCAAUCUUGCAGCCAAUGAUGAUGCAUUGAGACAACGCUUUGAUUCAUUGCGAUAAUCAAAGGUCUGUACAAUGAACUGGUGAUAUAGAUCAUGUAGGAAACUUGUAUAGUUUAUAUAUCACAGUGUGUAUCAUGAUACGUCCUCUAAUGGUCGAAUUUUAUGUAAGAAGCGUUAUGCGCAAGAAUCCGACCAAUGUUAUACUGACUGUGAUGACAAAGGGUGAAUUUAUCAUAUUGGUAUUUCGAAAUCAA